AUGGAGGCGAGUCCGCUGACGAACUGCGGGUAUCUGCUCUCCGUUUGGGCGGCCUUCGGCUUUCUGCAUGGCGGGCACUGGUGCGUGCUCACCUGCCUCACUGAGGACAAAGCGAUGCAGAAAGUCGCCCGUGCUCACGCGAUGUCCUAUGCCGCGGGCAUUGUGGUCACUGCGCUAGGCGGCGGCUAUUGCCAGAGCGGCACAGCUAAGCGUUGCCCAGGUGGCGAGGACAUGAGCCAGGAGUGCCUCUGGCAAGAGCAGGAUUUGGCCUAUCAGAUCAUCUAUGUGCUCCACUACAUUGGCCUGGCCUGGAGCUUCACCCACUGGGUCAUGGAUGGAGCUCAACUCUGGUCCUGGGGGCGUCAGAGCGCCCUUGGCCAGCCUUUGAGGAUUGUCGCGUCCGACGUCCGGCUCUCGCACUUCCGGUAUUCUGGCAUCCUGUGGUUCGCCGUGCUGCUGGUGUCGCUGACUUGGAUGUUCUUCAUGCCGUGGUCUGCCGGCGGCAGCAGUGGCACUUUGGGCAGCCUGGCCGGGGUACUCUUGUUGGAGAUGCUGCUGGUUCAGAUUGUGGCAUGUGGUGCUCUUUGCCUGCAUUCGCGGCUUCGAGGUGCCAGGAAGGCUGUAGAAGGGCAGGGUAGCGACACCGAAGCGGCACGAGUUCGGGGUGGCAAUGCUGCGUGCGUCUCUCCAAGAGAGAAGCAGUGUGGCGCGUAG